AUGUCAACAGGGACACAGUUGGGUAUUGGAGGAGUUCCAUUGCCUGGUGAAGAUUUACGCCCAAAAAAUUCAGUUUAUGCAAGAGGAGAAGGACCAGAUCGUCCGGCCUGGUUAGCUUUUGACAAACAAGUGUUAUGUUUCGAUGCUUAUUUUCAAGAAUCUAUAACAGAACGUCCACAAGAACAAUAUCGUAUUCGAAAAUGUCAUAUUUAUUUUUAUCCAGAAGAUGACACUGUUCAAGUUGUUGAACAACGUCAAGCGAAUGUAGGUUUUCCCCAAGGCACUAUCUUGAAGAGACAUCGUGUGCCAUUAGUUGCUCCAAAUGAUGAUCGUUUUUACACAAUUGAAUAUUUCAAUGUUGGCAGUGAAUUAUCACUUUAUGGACGAGUGUAUAAAAUAAUUGAUUGUGAUCAAUUUACACGAAAUUUUUUAACCAAACUUGGAGUUCGAGUUCCUCCAGGUUUUUGUCCACCCGAAGAUCCAUUUUUGAAACAUAGACAAGUUCUAGAUGGUGGACAAAAUCCUCUAAGACCUUAUGAAAAAGUUGAUACAUUAAAAAAAUUUCUAAAUCACGAUCAACAUGUAUUACGCUUUUGGGCUGUUUGGGACAACACUGAUAGUCUAUAUGGUGACAUAAGAGAAUUUGUUUUACAUUACUUUCUAUCGGACGAUACAAUGGAGAUCCGAGAAGUGUUACCACCAAACAGCGGACGAGAUGCACCACCAAUUUUCUUAAGUCGUGGAAAGUUACCAAAAGAAUUUCAAGGAUUAAGACUACCGGGUGAAAAUGCACAACGAACAGUUUUGAAUGUAUUUGGUCAACUUAAUAAACAACGAUAUAUAUUGGAUAAUCUAAAGACGGGGGCUCUAAAUGAAACAUAUUAUACGGACCAAGAUUUGGCAAUUGGAAAAAUGCUAAAUGUUUAUGGUCGAAAAGUGUUAAUGACCGAUUGUGAUGAAUUUACAAAAAAUCAUUACCGAACAAAAUAUGGUGUACAAGAUUUUAGCCCAAUUGCAUAUAGAAAAGUAGCAGAUACAAAACCGAUGAAACAAAGCUAUCCUUAUACUGGCUUUGGUAGUGAAGAAGAUUCACUAAGUUCAACGAGAAAAAUCAUACCGGAACCACCGAAAAAAGAUUAUAACAAAUUUAUGGGUUUUGAUAGACAAGGCUAUGAAACAAAUAUAUUACGAUUUAUGGCUCGAAUUAUUACGAAGGAUGGCAUUCAAGCUGCACGUCGUUUUAUCAUUUCAUAUUUUCUCAGUGACGAUACUAUUUAUAUCUAUGAACCGCCAGUGAGAAAUUCAGGUAUUCAAGGUGGCAAAUUUUUGGAACGCCAAAAAGUUAAAAAACCUAAUCAAUCACGUUAUCCUGUCGAAAUUUCUGAUUAUUUUGGUGCCGAAGAUUUUUAUGUUGGCGCACGCCUUGAAAUAAAUGGAUUUUUAUUCGAUCUGUUUGAUGCUGAUGAGUAUGCAUUUAAAUUAAUGGAAGAACAUAAUCAUAUGUUUUCAAAAGCAAACCGUUCGAUUAUUAUGCAAAAAUUAAAACAAUUUUUCUCAUCAAAUUCUCAAGCUGUCUCCCAAUUUGAAGCAAAUGAUCCACAUCAUCAUGGCUGUUUUGGAGAUUUUCUUACGGAUCAUGAGAUAAUAACGAUUGCACGAUAUUAUGCCCUACAAGUUAUACAAGAAUAUGAUAUUUAUUCUGUCGUAUCUGUUGUUCAAGAACAAUUAAGAAAAAAUAAUUAUGAAACAUUUUCACCAUUGAAAGAAAAUUUAAUCACGAGAGAUCCAACUAUGAAAGGACGAUUACCAGUAGAAGAAGUUCGAAUUGCAUUAAAAUCUGUUCGCGUACCAUUACCAGACUAUUUGCUCAAUAUAUUUCUUAAACUACUGACUCAAGAUGAUGGAUUCAUUGAUUAUUCAGAUUUAUUAAAGGCGUUGAAUUGGCGUGACGCUCCUGUUCAAGCCCCGAAACCACCUGCAGAAGAAGCAAGUCUCGCUGAUGAUCCAAAACAAUUUGAAAAAACGACACAUGAACGCAAAAAAUUCAAUGUAGAAUAUAGGGAAUUUUUAAAAGAUUUAGGAUUGAAUACAACAGCGACAACAUGA